CGUGCGGCCCGCUCCGCCACCGACUAGCAAUUCGGCUCGGCGAUACCCAAAACCCACCGAUCGCGCGCCGCCGCCGCCGCCGCCACCGCCGCCGCGCCUACCCGUGCCGGUCCAACUCGCUGCGCACCCCGCGUCCCCACCUCCCAUCAUUGUGUCACCCUUAUCCUUGCUCGUGCUCAGCGUCUUCCACUGGCGCGAUGGCUGCCCCGCGCGCCGCCGCGGCGUCGGCGAAGCAGGUGACGAGGCGGAACUUCGCGGAGUCCGUGCGGGAGCUGGGGGCCCACCUGGAAUCUUGCGACUACGUGACCGUGGCGGCGCAGAAGACGGGCGCCCCCACGGGGUGGCGCCGCGCGCUGCCGGUGGACACCGCGGAGACGGUGUACCUCAAGGCAAAGCUCGCCGCGGAGUCCUUCCAGCCGCUACAGAUCGCCGUCUGCCCCUUCCGGCUGCGCGACUCCUCCCCCUCUACCCUCGUCGCUUACCCGUACAAUUUUCACUUAUUUCCUAGAGAUGAGCUUCAGCUAGGAAUGCCUUCAUACAGUUUCUCAUGUCAAUCAUCUUAUUUAUCAACUAUGGCUAAUGAUGGCUUUGAUUUCAAUAUGUGCAUCUAUGAUGGUAUAUCUUACCUAUCAAGGGUUCAAGAAUCCUUCGCAAGGCAAAAGAUCUUUACUACUCGUCUUCGCCCACUGUUGCCAUCACAAAACACAUCAGUUGCUGAUUCAGUUUUCAAAAGUAGAAUAAUGUCAAGAAUAACACACUGGAGAAAAGGAUAUGCAGAACCAAGUAAAAAGGAUGAUGAUUCUUUGGUUGGUUCCCUUAGUAGAUUAAUUUUAGGUGGUGAAUCAUAUGGUUCCAGGCCCAGUAUGAGUAUUGAUGUCUGCAGUGAUCACCAAGUUCAACUGGUCUUGCAGGCAGUAAACCAUAUCUCUGAUGACCUUGUACCUCUUGUUGUUCCGGACAAAGCUGGAGCUGCUAGGGCUGUGUGUGUGAUAUUUACUAGUUCUAAAGAGGAUAAGAAUCUUCUUCUGAUGGAUAUCCAUAAAUCAGAAGAGGAACAGAAUUUAAAAUUCCGUGGAUUUCGAGAAGUUAUUGAUCUACUAUCAUCUUCACAGAAGCCAAUCAUAUCAUACAAUUGCUUGAAUGAUCUGACAAUGAUGCACUCCAAAUUUGUUGCGCCUCUUCCGCCAAACAUGCAUGAAUUUAUGUGUUCUUUAAAAAUGGUCUUCUCUAAUGUUGUUGAUAUCAGCCACUUGUGGAGACAAAUUGGCCCCUUGAGAAAAGCGAAGAAUAUACAAGCUGCUCUCAGUUACUUACAAAGACAAUACUUUGUGCCAAUGGAGAUUAAAAUACCACAGCAAGAUGUUACCAGCAGUGUAACAAAAAAUGAGCAAAACGUCCUGAGAAUAACAAAGUUAUUUGCUAAGCUAAGUAAUUUAUUGAAAAUCAGUCCUGAGUGCCAAUUACAAUCUGGUGAGCAGUGUGCUGCAGUUGAAGAGUACUGUAACAUCUUUUAUCCAAGCUGUAUGGUCGAAGACUCUGAUGAUGUUGACUUUGCUAAUGAGCCAGACACCGCAAAAACUGUGAGCACUGAUAAUAUCAUUUUCUUGUGGGGCUUCAGGGAAAAAUCUGCCAAGGAGUUAAAAUCUUACCUUCCUGGCUUACAUCAGGUCUUCUCAGAAGAUUUUGAGGUCAAGCUGUUGGAUAGGACAUGCUCUGCUUUGAUAUUCCGUAAUUCUGAUACUGCAAUGCAGUUAUUAGAAGAAAUAAGCUUGGAAAGCUCAUCACUAAAUAGUUUCUUCUCAGAAGGUCUGAAAGCUGCAGGUUUUGAAGUGUACAGAAAGGCUUGCAGGUUAGGACUUUGGGAUUCAGAUUUAGCUGAGGCCCUGGAGGGUGUUUCGUCUGAGAUAGCUGCUUCAACACUUUCUGAAUGCAAUUCCUCUCCGAUAUACUGGAAUAGUUCAUUGAUGCUAGAUCUGAAGGAGUAUUUGGAAUGCUAAAACAUGUUCAAUCCCCUUGGUUAUUUUUAGUCCCUCAGAUUAAUGAGAGCACCCCUCAAGAAAUCCGUGGGCACUUGAUAUUCGCUAAGGGGGAAACUUCAUGUGGUCAUCAGUUAUACCAGACGGCAUCUCAACUGUUGGUCUAGCUUUGAACUGCAGCCUCAAUAGCAAUGUUGGUAUUCUGGAACACAUUUCCUGUACAACCUGUCUAGUUUCCAAUUUGAAUGGAUCAACGUUCAACUUGAUUGAUGGUAUGCUGACUUGGAUGACAUCAAUACUGUGUAAGGGUUCUUCUAAAUGGAUAGUAUGCAAUAGAUACUCUGUUCAAGUAAAGCCAAAGUUGGAAUGCUAACUACCAACCUUGUUCGCUGCAUCACGCAUGGAUUGCCAAAAGGUUGGUUUCUAUAGCAGUUGGGCAGUCGUGACCAGUCUACUGUGCUCCUGCCUAACAACCUUUUUCGGGCUUGGAACUCCAUCACGAACUAGGCACAAGAUAUUGGCGGGAAGCCUGAAACUAGCCGAGUUUUGGUAGGAACUGAUGCCCUGCGAUUGUAUGCUAUGUAACAAAUGCAAUAUUGAAAUCGCCUUUUGGUGUCAAGAACACGUUCGGUCUGUCAGCAUGGCGAAAGUAUGAUUUAAUCAUGCCUUUCCACGAUUACCUCCUUUUCCGUCAAUUGGUUUGGCAUGCCAUGUAUUCGUUAUACGCCUAACCAGUGGCCGGUGGGGAUUGUUUCUAUUAUGGACGAUCUGUCAUUCUCAUCCAUCACAAAAAUGGAACAAGAGUGGCAUGUGCUGCUGGCAGCAUAUCUAAUGGCCACUGCCAUUUUUGGUGCUACUUUGCUACUAAGUACUGAAAAAAAAUGCAUGAUCACGAAAAGAGCUGAAAGGGAUUGGUUCAACAAUGUGGAUAUAACCAGGCAUAACAUGUAGGGUAAACCAAGGUCGCCGACCGCAGCUGGGUUUAUCUUUUUCGAUUUUCUUCCUUUUGUUUUUAUAUAUUUCUUCUUUCAGUCCUUUUGUUUUCCUCAGUUUUUAGAUUGGAGUUUAUCUCUAAUAAAUUGAGCCAA